AUGAGUGCCAAACGCUGGUCCAGCUACGACACCGACGCCUACCGCCUGCCCUCGGGCAUCACGCGCAUUGGCUACGACGACGUGUCGCAGAAGUAUCUCUUCCGCGACAGCUCCGGCCAGGAAUACACCAGCGCCAGCGGCUCCGAGUACGGCAGGCUGGAGAAGGCCGGCUGGGACGGCGGCCCUCUUCUGCCGCGCGCCGCCCGCACCGGCAGCGAGUCGUCUGCCUCGACCGGCCUGAAGAGCCCGGCAACCGACUUCAGCGAGAUCCUCGGCGGCCUGGACGAGCAGGAGCACGACGAAAAGGAAGAGGAGAAGAGCAAGCCGCUGCCGUUCCUUGUCCUGAGCUCCGUGCUGUCGUUCAAGUCCAAGCUCAAGACGCGCCAGUCGCGCCGGGCGCACAAGGACUCGGCUGUCUCGAGCGUCGUCUCCAAGGAAAAAGACUACAUGUGA